UGGAAUUUUGGUUAACUUGAAUAUCUUACUGGCUCCUCGGGAAAAUUAAUUUACUACCUGUACGUACGUGUAAAUUUUAGAAUAUGUACUGUAUGCGUAAUAGAUUAGCCCAUGUAUACACCGUUAUUAAUUGAAUUUACCACAAAUUAAUGAGAAUUUCAAGAAGGCAAGUGAAAAUUCGUGAUCAGGAGAAAUAAGAUUUUAGACGAAAACCACUGCUUGUAAUUUACCUGUUAAUAAGCGAUUAACUUCCUUUCUAUUUCUAUGUAAGAUGACUUAUAUUGCUACACAUUUAAGAACUUGGGUUUGUGGUUGUUAUACGGAAAACGGCACUUUAAAUUUCCCGAUCCGAAAUGACCAUUUUCUGCUCUACCCAAACGCAAAUGAAAACAGGAGAAACGACGGUUUGCAUGAGGGUAUUACGUGUCACCGUAUUACUUUAUCUAGGUUAAUGUCAGCUGAAACUGGUUGAGAAAUUAGAUUUUGGAAAGAAGAACGAGUUUUUUUUUUCUGCUAUAACACACUAGUUCAGUUCUAAACCACGUCCAUGUUUGUAAGUUGCGAACUAAAUAAGAAGGUGAAUGGUUAUUUUUAGAAAGAACCGUACUUUCAAAACAUUUAGCCUGUUAAAACUAUACCAAAGACGAUAUAAUGAAAUGUUUAACAAGACCCCAGCAGACGUGUAUAAUGUUGACAGAAUAUUGAUUUGAUUACAGUAAAUUUAUUGAUUAAAAUCGUACACGUUUUGGUUUAAAAUGCCAAUAAGUCCUUGAGUUUUGCUAAUAUUUCAAUUAAAGCAUUUUGAUUUUUGCGUAAAAUUCAAAAGGAUCCUCUUGCUAUUCAUUUGCAUUUAGAAAUUUUAAUUAACUUGUGCUUCAAUGCUGUUUUUAUUAGGCAUUGUACACUUUCACCUAUAGUACCUAAAGGGCCACAAAAGGCGAAAGGGAAAUUGUUCAAAAACCGGUUAGUUUAAAGAAGUGAAAAAAAUGACGCCUUUUCAUUUUCGUGUUCAAACUGCUAUGGGAAAAUAAUAUUCACUAGGGUCUAGCUAUUGAUCAAGUGUUGUUCUCAUAUUUCAUCCUUCUAUUGUUUUCCCCGAUCCAUUAAAAAAUCGUCAACGAAAAUGACGGAAAAUGUCAUUGAAGAAUCGGCGGAUGUGCUCUCCCCUCCUCACCGGAUUGCUAACGAAAACAACAACCCCAGUGAUUCUUGUGUUUACGGUGUUCUCGUCCGCAACGCGACCAAGACAUUCGGAUCUGGAAGUAAAAAAUGUGCAGUUCUGCAAGGACUGAACUUGUCUGUUAAAAGGGGAUCGAUAUACGGAUUGCUAGGACCCAGCGGCUGUGGAAAGACGACACUGCUAAGUUGCCUCGUCACUUUACGCUCCUUAAACAGUGGGACGAUUCAGGUGUUGGGACACGAACCAGGCUCUCCCAAAAGCGGAGUUCCCGGACCGCAGGUUGGCUACAUGCCACAAGAAUUGGCCCUGUACGGCGACUUCACCAUCAAGGAGACACUUACAUACUUUGGUCGCCUUUACAAAUUGAAAGCGACUUUUAUGAAAUCGCAAUUGAAAUUUCUGACCAGUUUACUGGAUCUGCCAACGAGUAAUCGUUACGUCAAGACGCUGAGUGGCGGACAGCAACGGCGCGUCUCGUUUGCCGUCGCUUUGUUUCACGAUCCUGAUUUGCUCAUCUUGGACGAACCGACAGUUGGCGUUGAUCCUUUGCUUAGGCACAGCAUUUGGAACCACCUUGUCCGCCAAAGUGUCGACCAUGGCAAAACGGUGAUCGUCACGACUCACUACAUCGAAGAAGCAAGACAAGCCAACACGAUUGGAUUGAUGCGUUGCGGUCGUUUAUUAGUCGAAGAUUCGCCCGAAAAUCUGUUAAGGAAUUAUGGACUCUCAACAUUGGAGGAUGUUUUCCUUCAACUCAGCAGAAAGGAAAAUUCUAAAAAUCCAGAAGUCGAAUCUGCAGAGAUUGAAGCAAAUAUGGCCAGCAUGAUUCCGGGUUCCAGUGAGUCAGACCCCAACACCGGCGUAGCGCAAACUCUGCCAUUUCAUGAAAUCGCCAGAGUUUCCGUAACCAAUUUGGACCGUCAGUGUGACAUAAAUGGAAUUGCAUUCCCAUCGACUGGUUGCUCUUCUCCUACAAACAGGCAAACAAGCCCUUGUGCACCCAUACUACAUACUACAUCCGGAAGUGCAUUAUUGGAAGAAAAAUGGGAAAUAUUCAAAAAGGUCCUGCCAUCCCCCUAUCGUGUUGGGGUCCUUGUUCGGAAGAAUUACUUGGUAUCCAUUCGUUUUACAUUAUUAUUUCUUGCGACUUUCUUCGUGCCCGCCAUUCAAACGUAUAUCUUUAACAUAUGCAUCGGACAAGACAUGACUGCCCUCAAAAUGGCCAUUGUUAAUGAGGAAAUCGAUGUGAACCAGGGUCAUCUAUGCAACAAUGCGACUGAUUGCUCGUAUUUUAUGCUCAGUUGUCGCUAUCUUCGAAACAUCAAGAAUAACAUCAUCCAGGUUCCCUAUGACAAUUUAUCGGAUGCUCUGGAAGCUGGAAGGAAUGGCCAAGUUUGGGGCGUCAUUCACUUUGGUCAAAAUUUCACCGAAGAAUUUGAGAUGCGGGAGGAUUCGACAAGUAAAGAAAACAUGAUCGGGAGGCAAAUUAACAUCACCAUGGAUUCUUCCAAUCAACAGAUUGAUGCGUUUGUUAAAAAAUGGCUUGGGGAAGCUUAUGGUGAUUUCCUCAGGGAAUUUAUGGAUGUGUGCGGAUACAAUCCAGAAGCCAGUUCAUUGCCUGUUGAGUUUGUCGAUCCAGUCUACGGUCAGAAAGACACAAAAUUCACUGAAUUUAUGGCUCCUGGUCUUAUUCUAUCGACUGUCUUCAGCUCGGCUCUUAUUUUAGGAUCCGAUUCGUUUGUUCGUGAAAGAAUGCUCGGUCUUGUUGAACGCAGUUUAGUCGCUGGCGUGAAGAUGAAUGAAAUUUUUAUCAGUUAUUUAGUCAAGGAAUCCAUCACGAUGAUUAUUCAGUCAUUAUUACUUUACGUGGUCCUUCUGUUGCUUUGUGACAUUCCUUGUCGGGGCAGCGUAUCCUUGGCGAUAUUCAUUACGUUUCUCGAAGGAUUUUCCGGAAUGUGUUUUGGUAUGAUGAUAGCCUCAAUUUGCGAUACCACAAGUGGCGUUCUUUACGUUGCGCAAUCCUAUUUUCUCCCGAAAUUAUUUUUGAGCGGACAGUUAUGGCCCAUCGAUGCGAUGCCGGUGUUUCUCCAAUAUGUCGCUUACUCACUUCCAACGACUUAUGCAACGGUAUCAUUGGGAAAUGUUUUAUCAAGAGGGUGGGGUCUAGAACGGCCUGAAGUUUACUUUGGAAUUUUAUCCACCGUUGCGUGGAUUUUCGGUUUUUUGAUUGUUGCCUCCGUUGUUUUACGGUUGCGCAAACAUUCAAGUUAAAAACAUGCUAUUGCAGUCAGUUUGGGUAUUUAUUCCUUCAGGCACAAUCACUUAUUUGACACCGCUUUAUUGCUGUUAUUUAUAAUACUGCUGUAUGCAAUUAAUCUAACCCACACUGUGAACAUAGAUAACGUUCACUUGUCAGAUAGAGCGCAGUUUAUACUUACCAUUUACUUGUGGGAUGUCGAUAGUUGGUUAAAAAUAAGUAAUUAAGUACCCUUUUUUAAAAUGAAUAGAUUUUUCUCUGUAACUAAAUUUCAGAAGUGCCAAAAUGAUUUUAGCAGACCAAAUAAUUCAUGUGUAAUGUCUAAAGGUGUUGUGGAACACUUUUCUUACAAAUCUAUCAUAUUGACCUGAACCAAACAACUUUUCUUUUUUCAUUAAGUAUUCAAAAAAUAGUACAAGGUAAAACCAGUUCUUGAACCAGCAAUCCUUGAAAAAACGAGACAUCUCCUACCACCAGUCUUAUUCCAAUUUUUUAAUUGUUAACUUACAAGAUUUUACCGCUAAUUAGUGAAAUUGAACAUCAUAUUAAAUCAUUGAGAAAGCGUGAAAAGAAGAAGGUAAGUAUUUAGGGAAUAAUACCAAUAUGCGUGAUGUUCGGUGAUGAUGUAAUUAUAACCUGUUUGAACGUCCCUUCUAUUACACUUGGGGGUGGUUGACGGUGAUUGGCCACAAGGACAGCUUCGUGGUAGGGAAGAGAAAACGGUCGCUGGAAAAGGGAGACCUUUAAAAUAGAACCAAAUACGGCGUUCAAUCAAUUAUCUACCAAUUUUGCCCAGGGAGUUGGCAAGAAUUUUUCGGAUUUAAAAUGGCGCAAAAAAAAUCACGUUUGUUUCUUUUCUUUUUUACUUGGAUCGGAUCAAUUUCUUUCAUU